AUGCUAAUGUUAUUUUCUCGAUACAAGACAACAGUAAUUGAAUAUAUUCCUCGGUGGUCAAUAGGGGAAGUGAAUAGGAUGACGGACUCUAUACUAUUACAAAUUAGAACAUAUCUAAAAGAUGGUGGAGAACUAAAGUUAAAAGAUGCCCAGGGGACGGACACGGAAGAUAUAACUGAAGCCAAGACGGUCUCACUCAAGGAUAGCGUGGAAUUCUCACUUGAUGAACCUACAGAAUUUACCAUUUCUGAUGCGAAAGUAGAUUUAAGGGUUAUUGUCCAUUGUUGGAUACACAAGGACUCCAGUGCUGCUGAUUACUUAGCAGAUUGUGAAAAGAGACAAUUGACUAACGUUUCCUUCUUGCAAAGAACCGAUUUAAUUAAUUGGUUAUCUGGUGCCUCAGAUACCUCUCAAUAUAUACUUGGUGAAGGGGAGACCACUUCUACAACAGGGGAUAAGCAGGCAACGGGUGGUAAUGAUCAUGCAAAUGCCGGAGCCACUAUGGCAGAUGACCCUGAAUUGGCAAAGAUUGUUUCACAUGAAAGAUCAUUUCUUGAUCAUAACAGUUCGCUUCGUGGUUCUAAGCCAAUUGAGUUUGGAUAUCUGAUUAAGGAUGCUGAAUUGAAGUUGGUUCAGUCAAUUAAGAGUUCUUUAAAAGGGAAAGGUUCUGGGAAGUCAUCCUCAUCAGGAACGCAUGGAAUCAAUAAGAAUGGUUCAGGGAGACCUGGAUCUGUGGCUAUCAAGGAUCCUAUUAUUCUAAUCCCAUCAGCUGCCUCAUCGAUAUUUACCAUAAAUAACAUCAAGAAAUUCUUACAGGAUUCUGAAUAUGUUCAUCCACAACAAAUAUCUAUUUCACAACAGAAUGAUCUGGUCACUGUGGAGAAAAAGUUUGAUCGUUUGACUAAACCGGUUAGAUUUAUUGUGGUGAAUAAUACAAGAAUGUUUACUAAACCGGAGUAUUGGGAUAGGGUGGUUGCAGUUUUCACAACGGGACAUACGUGGCAAUUUAAUACGUACCAAUGGAAUACGCCACAGGAACUAUUUCAACAUUGUAAGGGGUACUACUUCCACUUCGAUGGUGACAGUGUACCACAUCAUGUUCAACAAUGGAAUGUGGAGAAAGUGGAAUUAGAUAAAAAUAAGAGGUUUAAAGAUGUGGAAGUGGCACGUUAUUUCUGGAAUAGUUUAGAGAAGGAAUUGAUAGUAAGGGGCUUCCGCUGA